AUGGCAUUAUCACGCCCAACUGCCAUUGUCUCGCACGGAGAGAUUGAUGCAAAUCCUCUUGAACAAUAUGGCGAAGCUGGAGAGGUAUUGCUUCGAAUCGGGAAUGGUGGUGCAGGUGCCACUGGCUUGGUCAAGGAACUUGCCCAAGACUAUUUAAAGUCUCGAGGCAAAGAUGGCCUGAUUGAGUGGAUAUGUAACCACUCCCGCAAUACACAGCUGGCGUUACUCAAUGGCUUCAUUGACUUUGCUUUGACUUAUGAACGCGACCAGGAAGCCCUAGCCCAGGCUGAGGGAUGGUCAUAUACGGCUGGAUGCGUAUUCCACGACCACUUCUGCCUAGCAGGGCCCCUAUCAGACCCUGCGGGACUGACAUGUGCAGCAUCUAUAACUGAUGCCUUUGAGAAGAUCGCAGCCUCAGGCUGCUUGUUCCACAGCCGUGCCGACCAUUCUGCCACUAUGUGGAAAGAACGCGAAAUCUGGUCUUUGGUCGGCCGAAAGCCGUGGGAAGACCAAGCGACAACAUCAUCCUGGUACAAGACAAGCUUGCUAUCGCCAUCAGAAGCUCUCAAGGGGGCUGAUGUCGCAGGUGCCUACUUCCUGACUGAUCGGUCAACGGUCUUGCGACAGACUGGACUUGGCACCAUUUCCAACUGUACAAUCUUCUUCGAACCAACUCGACCAAGGCACAUUCUGAUGAACAGUUGCUAUGCCUCAUUCUCACCAGUGAUUAAAGAGGCGGAUCCCUCGGUGACGAAUCACGUACGUGAUUUCUUCUUGUACCUUGUGUCGCCACGAGGUCAAGCGGUGAUUCGUGACUAUGGUAUUGCACAAACAGGAUUACCACUGUUCGCUCCUGUCGAAGAUGGUGUCGCAUUGACGCAUUUGCGUGGAGGACGUCCAAUUGGUGGCAAAUGGGUCAAGGACUCCGAGCUAAUCAAGGCGAGAUUGUAG